AUGGGCAAAUCUCAGUCCAAGCUCUCCCAGGAGCAGCUAGCUGAAUUGCAGAAGUCGACCCAUUUCGAUAAGAAGGAGCUCCAACAAUGGUACAAGGGCUUCCUCAAGGACUGUCCCUCGGGCAUGCUCACGAAAGAAGAGUUUCAGAAGAUAUAUAGGCAAUUCUUCCCCUUUGGAGACCCAAGUUCGUUUGCAGAUUACGUCUUCAACGUCUUCGAUAGCGACAAGUCUGGUAGUAUCGACUUCAAGGAGUUCAUUUGCGCCCUGAGUGUUACGAGCCGAGGCAAGAUGGAGGAUAAACUCGACUGGGCCUUCCAGUUAUAUGACAUUGAUGGCGAUGGAAAGAUCAGUUACGACGAAAUGCUCAAGAUCGUCGAGGCAAUCUACAAAAUGGUUGGUUCCAUGGUUAAGCUCCCUGAAGACGAAGACACCCCCGAGAAGCGCGUACGCAAAAUUUUCCGCAUGAUGGACAAGGACGAGAACGGCAGCCUGGAUAUGGAGGAGUUUAAGGAGGGAAGCAAACGCGACGAGACCAUUGUCUCGGCGCUUUCCCUCUACGAUGGCCUAGUGUAA